AUGGGCGCCGAGCAGCUGAUUGACGCGUGCCAAGCACGCCUGGCGCACCCACCGACGCGGACGCACGAUGCGCUGGAGCUCUACGCUUCGCAGCUCGAGCAGCAGCUCCACGAUCUUCUCGCGGCGCGAGACGCGGAGGAAGCCAUUUGUCGAGCCAGCACCGAGUGCACGUUUGCCAAGAACACGGCCGGGCGCGUCCUCACCGCGCUCUUCGACCACGCGACGGGCGGAAAAGUGGACGGCCUCAAGGCAUGGUGGGAGACCGGUAGCAUCCAGACGCGCAGCGGGCCCGCGCACUGGCGUCUCGACCCGAAGAGCCUCCGGGACAAGCGCGGGUUCACCCUCCUCCACGCAACUGUCGACCGCAGCUUGGCGAAGGAAAACGCCAAAGUCGCAACGGUUGGCUUCCUCGUCGAUACCAUCGGCGUGGACGUGAACGCGGUCGACCUCUUUGGCCGGACGAGCCUCCACUACGCCGCCCUUGCAGGCUACGCCGACGUUGUCGACGCGCUCUUGCAGCGGCAGUGCAACCCACAGCUUCGCGACAAGGCCGGCUUGACAGCACUCGGUAUGCUUCAGCUGACGACGCUGUCGGCCAACUUCGACGUGAUCGUGCAAAGGCUUCUUCUGCACGCCGAGAAGCCGCGCUUUGGCGACGAGCCCACGACCGACGACGCCUUGGCCUCGGCCAUUGCCGCACUCGACCGCGUCCUACCGUUCGUCGCCGACCGCGCGGCGUUGGCCGAGCGCUUGGACGUGUGGCGGCAGUCGCUCGACCUGCCGCUCGUGCGCUGGCACGACGUGAUGGUCUCGCUCCUGUGCUUGGACGAGGAUGGCAUGUUUCUGCCGUCGGCCUACCGCUCGCCGGCCUUUCUCAUGACGUGGCGCAACCAGGUGCAUCUGUUUGGUGGCGCGUCGACGGCGUGGGCAACGUACUGCAGGAGCAUGGUCGACCGCUGCAAGGCGGCGACGCAAGCUGCGCCCGCGCCCGAGAGAGAGACGUGGCACUACGCGGCGCUACUGACCGCGGCCGCCGCCAAGCUCGAGCCGAUCGCGGUGGAGAAAGGCUCGGUGGUUGCUACGGUGCGUGUCCCAGGAGCGCGGUACCUCGCCUACAAGCGGCUCUUGCUCGGCGCUAUGGUCUAUGCUGUCGUCGACGCCGACGCGACGUCGCUCACCCUCGAUCGCCCGUUUGAAGGACCGUCGACCGAGCGCUGCCCUGUGUACGCCGCCGCCGAGGACGACCUGCCGCCUUACGUCCAAGUCCUCACGCUGCACGAGCGGCCCCCUGGGAACCCCUUUGAAACCGACUCGGUGGAGGAGGACUUGGUUCAGAUGCAUCAGCGCAUGGCACCCGACUCGAGCUACGAGCUGCGCCUCCGCGUCGGCCCCACGGCGUCGCGCGCGCAGGCCAAAGCGCUCGUGGCCGAGUGGCGUCGCGUCUCCCGCCAGCACUUUACCGAUCGAACGUGUGCAUCCACUGCCAAAGUCUGCGCGGUCGCGUGUCCUCAAGUGCAGGGCGAGCGCCUCUGUUUUGAGAGCCUCGCGGCCGUCGGGCGCGACUUGGCCCAAGCCACGUUUGGCCGCGCAACGUUCGCCAAGGCGAUGCCUGUCCGCGCGAGUCUUGCAUGAUGAACAUGGGCCUUGAGACGACGAUGAUAAUGCAUUAUUCAUGGUUCC